UUUUUUUUUUUUUCUUCAGACACAAACACACAACAACAACAAAGCAACACCCUUUCUCUUUUUCUUUCUCACUUUCUUUUUCUUCUUUUCUCGAGAUGGGAAAUACCAAUUCUACUUCAUCCAUCUAUUCAGCACCCAAUGGUCAAUAUUAUCACGAAACCAGAUCACAUCGUCGCUACAAGAAGGGCAUCAGAAGGCUUGGUUCAGGCAUGACCCUGAGUAAACUCUAUUCUCAUCCCAACAUGUCAACUCCAAAUAUGCCUUCAAAAGCAACAGCAUGGAAGAACCAGUUUGGUGAAAAGAUAUUAGAUAUUAGUAAGCCAACCAAGUUUGAACAUGGCAUUCAUGUCGAAUAUGACGAUGGAAGUGGAAAGUUUAUGGUAUUUCACCCAAAAACUACUAUUUCACAUAAUUUAACUCUCUUUCUAAUAGGGUUUACCUGAUGUCUGGCAAGCCAAUUUCCCUAGUAGUGAUGAUAUCUUGGAUACCACAUGCAUUCACCCAAGCCUUGUACCUCAAA